CCAGAAAGAUUGUGCCAUGAAUGGUGAUACUCGGGCUGCAGUGGUGACCUCACCACCCCCCACCACAGCCCCUCACAAAGAGAGGUACUUUGACAGGGUGGAUGAGAACAACCCCGAGUACUUGCGAGAGCGGAAUAUGGCACCAGACCUGCGCCAGGACUUCAACAUGAUGGAACAGAAGAAGAGGGUGUCCAUGAUCCUGCAGAGCCCUGCUUUCUGUGAAGAACUGGAGUCAAUGAUACAGGAACAGUUUAAGAAGGGGAAAAAUCCCACUGGCCUGCUGGCCUUGCAGCAGAUUGCAGACUUCAUGACUACAAACGUCCCCAAUGUCUACCCGGCGGCCCCGCAAGGAGGAAUGGCCGCCUUAAACAUGAGUCUUGGGAUGGUGACUCCCGUGAAUGAUCUCAGAGGCUCAGAUUCCAUCGCCUAUGACAAAGGGGAGAAACUGCUUCGGUGUAAGCUGGCAGCGUUUUACAGACUGGCAGACCUUUUUGGAUGGUCUCAACUCAUUUACAACCACAUCACAACCAGGGUGAGCUCCGAGCAAGAACACUUUCUCAUUGUGCCUUUCGGGCUGCUGUACAGUGAAGUGACCGCCUCUAGCUUGGUGAAAAUCAACCUACAAGGUGAUGUGGUGGAUCGUGGCAGCACCAACCUUGGGGUAAACCAAGCAGGUUUUACUCUGCAUUCUGCCAUCUAUGCUGCGCGACCCGAUGCCAAAUGCGUGGUGCAUAUUCACACACCUGCAGGGGCCGCGGUCUCUGCAAUGAAAUGUGGCCUCUUGCCAAUCUCCCCAGAGGCGCUAUCCCUUGGAGAACUGGCAUACCAUGAUUACCAUGGAAUUCUGGUUGAUGAGGAAGAAAAAGUUUUAAUUCAGAAAAAUUUGGGCCCUAAAAGCAAGGUCCUUAUUCUUCGGAACCACGGGCUUGUGUCUGUGGGUGAGAGCGUGGAGGAGGCCUUCUACUACAUCCACAACCUGGUAGUCGCCUGUGAGAUCCAGGUUCGAACUCUGGCCAGUUCAGGAGGACCGGACAACUUAGUCCUCUUGGAUCCUGGGAAAUACAAAGCCAAACCCCGAUCCCCAGGCUCCCCAUCAGGUGAUGGCACCAUCUCACCUCCCCGGUGGCAGAUCGGGGAGCAGGAGUUUGAAGCCCUUAUGCGGAUGUUGGAUAAUCUGGGCUACAGGACUGGCUAUCCCUACCGGUACCCAGCUUUGAGGGAGAAAUCUAAAAAGUUCAGCGAUGUGGAGGUUCCUGCCAGUGUUGCAGGUUACUCCUUUGCUAGUGACGGAGACUCGGGCACUGGCUCCCCUCUCAGACACAGUUUUCAGAAGCAGCAGCGAGAGAAGACAAGAUGGCUGCACUCUGGCCGAGGUGACGAUGCUCCCGAGGAAGGGCCCAACGGCAGCAGCCCCAAGUCGAAGACUAAGGUGUGGACGAACAUUACACACGAUCACGUGAAACCCUUGCUGCAGUCUCUCUCGUCCGGUGUCUGCGUGCCAAGCUGUAUUACCAACUGCUUGUGGACUAAGGAGGAUGGACAUAGAAGCUCCGCCUCUGCCGUUCCUAACCUGUUUGUCCCAUUGAACACUAACCCCAAAGAGGUCCAGGAGAUGCGGAACAAGAUCCGAGAGCAGAACCUGCAAGACAUUAAGACGGCUGGGCCGCAGUCCCAGGUUCUGUGUGGCGUGGUCAUGGACAGGAGCGUGGGCCAGGAUGCGCCCCUCUCUGACUGCACGGAAACAAUCGAAGGGCUCGAGCUCCCAGAGCAGACCUUUAGCCCCGCUAGAGCUCGCCCUGUUAGAAAGGGGGAACUGGUGACUGCCUCAAAGGCCAUCAUUGAGAAAGAAUACCAACCCCACGUCAUUGUCAGCACCACGGGCCCCAACCCCUUCAACACACUCACCGACCGCGAGCUGGAGGAGUACCGCAGGGAAGUGGAGCGCAAGCAGAAGGGCCCAGAAGAGAAUCUGGAUGAACUCGAGGCCCAAGAAGAUGGUGAGAAGGUGCCUCCUGAGGACCUAGCUGGCCCCCACACUCCUCCCACCACCCCUGUCAAGUCGGAGGAAGACCAGCCCCAGGAGCCAGUGUCUACAGGUGACAGUGAUGCCACCACCUUGAAGCUGACUCUCCCCAACCUGUCCCUGGACGAGCCUUCAGAAGCGCUGGACUCCCAGAUGCUGGAUAGGGAGGCCCCUCAUGGCCCUCCCAGCUCCCCUGAGGUGACCAGCCCCAAGCCCGCCCUGAUAGCCGAUGAGGCUGCCUCCCCAGCUGUGGAGGAAGGGGUCACUGCGGACCCUGGCAGUGACGGGUCUCCAGGCAAGUCCCCAUCCAAAAAGAAGAAGAAGUUCCGCACCCCCUCCUUCCUGAAGAAGAGCAAGAAGAGGGGAGACUCCUGAAGGCCCAUCAGCAGCCUCAGCCAGUCCCUGUGUGUCCUGUGCGUGUCUUGUGUCACGGAAUGCACCCCGUCCCUGUAGUGAGAUCCUCUCUAGAUGGGUGCUGAGCUUAUGUGUAGUCAAGACUGGGGCCCUACCCCACAGCACCAGCAACUCCUAUCCAUGUGCACCCCAGAGCUGCCCCCAUAUUCUGAAACCUAGCUUGGCCCCUACCCCUUCCUGUGCUGCACUGGCCCCACUCUGUUGGGCUCCUUUCACCAUGAGGUCUCAGGCUGACCUGGGGCUUCUUGUGGGCAUUGGGCCAUGGGUAGCCUGCAGAGCCAGGCAGGAGCUGUAGCACAAGACCAGCCUGUGGCCCAGCAUGGCCUUGCUCAGCUGUUGACCUGUACUCCACAAAUCCCCGCUUCCUCACAGGCCUCUGGAUUCCCGGCAUGGAGGGACAGCAGGAUGGGGCAUCCCUCUGAGAAUUUUCUUUAGCUUGCCUUGCCUGGGACCACCCCGCCCACACACUUCUCUGUCCAUUCCUCCUUGCAGCUGCUGCCACCAGACACGCAUGGGUUGGGGGUGUGUGGAGUGUGCCCGUUAUCGGGAAGCCCC